GCUGGCCUAUCUUUCUCGCAGGACGGGCAAUGGUUGGCCGUUCGUGGGCCUGCAGUCGUCAAGAUGCUGCCGCUGGCAAAUGUGAAGCAGGGCUUGCCGCCUCCAAACCCUCAAUGGGUUGCGUUUGACGGGCAGGAUCUUGGGAGGGCGGUGCUGUCAUGGUCCUCAAGGCCUGGGCCA